AUGUAGGGCGUCGGAACGUCGGAAAUGCUUCGAGCCCUUCGUCGUUGAAACUUCCGCCGAUUCUCCGCCCUGUCGACCUCGAUUAACUUCGUACUCCUCCUCGCUUUCUUCUUUCGCCGCUAUCUCGACACACGAGAUAAGAUAAACUGGGCGAAGCCGUCUGAAGCAGGUGUUUCACUUGCAGUUCGUUGCGAUGGGUGUCGCCUGCCCUCGGCAAAAUAUCGCGUCAGAGUGCUUAGUCUUCUAACUUAGACGAUGCGAGGUGUUCUUGGGGAGUGAAAAAAGUCUCAUACGUGUCCGUGCUUUGGUCUGUCUUCGUCGCCACGGUCUCAACCGGAACUACCAUCGGGUCCAAAGAACAACCGACGUUCAAUCCCAGCUGUAACGCCAUUUAAACGUUAAUGUGCCGUCUGCCACUUCACGCAACGGUCAUGGUCCUCUAUGACGCUCUUCAAACGUUGAGGUGUAUUCUACUUUAAUCGACGGUUAAUUUUACCCACAACUCUGUUUAAGACGUUUAGUACUGUCUUAUGUUGUGAAGCAGCGGCUAGAGGUACGGCAUUCUUUAAACGUCGAACUUUCUUCGACUAGUGAUAUCGACGAUCGUUUAGUUGCGGUGUGAGUCCAACCAUGUUGUGGACGGUGUUUGCCACGCUGGUGGCUGUGGUGGUGGUGUUGUUGCCACGAGGUGACUCGGCAAUAUCGGGGUCGUUCGACAACCCCGGGUUUAAGGAGGACCGAACCACGAUAGUUGAGAUGUUUGAGUGGACAUGGGCCGAUGUGGCGCGAGAGUGCGUGGACUUCCUCGGACCUCACGGAUACGGCGCAGUUCAGGUGUCGCCACCCAGCGAAAACGCGGUUCAGCUGUACACGACUCCCGGCGGGGACAAGGUGCGGUCCUGGUACGAGCGCUACGAGCCGGUCAGCUACCAGAUCUCCUCUCCCAGCGGAGAUCUCAAUGACUUCGAGGAAAUGGUGCGCGAGUGCGAAAAAGCGAACGUUCGAGUGUACGUGGACGUCGUCCUCAACCACAUGACCUCGGACAUCGGUGAGGGCCAUGGCUACAACGGAAGCGCCUUUAAUUCGGACAACCUCGUGUACGAAGCGGUUCCGUACCGAGCCAGCGACUUCCACUCGUCAGCAGACUGCGGCACUGCCAGCGGGGAGAUCGAGGACUAUAGCAACGUAGUGCAGGUUCGAAACUGCAAGUUCAGGGGUCGCGCGGACCUCAACCACCUUCGUGAGCACGUCCGCCAGAAGAUAGUGGAGUACCUGCGACGUCUCGUAUCUCUCGGAGUAGCUGGCUUCAAGAUCGACGGGGCCCAGUACAUCUGGCCGCAAGAUUUGGCGGCCAUCUAUGGGCAGAUCAAGCCAGCACCGGAAGUUGAGAACGGUCUGGACGCCGUUGUCGAUGACACUCUUUUUAUCUACCAUGAACUGUCUGCCCUCAACGUCACUUCCGGCGACGACUACAGGGCUCUCGGUGCCGUGACUGAUUCCAAGUUCUUCAAAAAGACAGCCAACGUCCUUAGGAAGACCAAGGGAUCUGAGCUGAGGGACCUCAAGCAAGACGUGUUGCACUGGUCUUCGAGAGACGUACUGUACGUCGACAACCACGAGACCCAGCGUGGAGUGGACGUUUCGGACCCGAAGCAGGACGUCGUCUCGUACCAGGACCGGAGAAACCACGUCCUGGCCAACAUCCUGAUGCUGGCCAUGCCGCAGGGCAUUCCCCGAGUCAUGAGCAGCUACGCUCUGAACGUAGACGUUCAGCCCUACGUUCCUCCGCAGAAGCUGGGCCCGCCUUCGGACCACGCCUUCAACACCCGUCCCGUGCUCAUGAAGGAGGACUACGCCUGCUACAAUGGAUGGAUAUGUGAACACAGGUGGCUACCCAUACGAAACAUGGUCAAGUUCCGCAAUGUUGUCGCUUCGGCGCCUGUCACCAACUGGUGGAACGACAGCGAGGACGCCGUAGCGUUCGCCAGGCUCCGCAAGGGCUUCGUGUUGAUCAACAACGGCCGCUCCACGGUCACGGGACUGUUCAACACCACCCUGCCUCAGGGCUACUACUGCGACAUCCUCAGCGGCAGUUCGGUGGACCGCAGAUCCUGCACGGGCAACGUGGUUCGGGUCAGGGAGGACGGUUUCUCCGAGCUGGCCGUUGAAGGCGUCGGAGACGUGCCUGCCGUCGCCAUUCAAGCGGACGAAAGGGUGUUUCCGGAUUUCUUUUAAAAAGCCAGUACUCUACACACAUGUCAAGACCAGCUUCAAAGGCCAUAUGAUUAAUUGUGGAAUAUCUUAAUUAUUUCAUUUUGCCUCGA